CAGGCGGCGGUUGGGAAGAUGGCGUACCAGAGCCUCAGGCUGGAGUACCUGCAGAUCCCUCCGGUUAGCCGCGCCUACACCACCGCCUGCGUCCUCACCACCGCUGCUGUGCAGCUGGAAUUGAUCACACCUUUUCAGUUGUACUUCAAUCCUGAAUUAAUCUUUAAACACUUUCAAAUAUGGAGAUUAAUCACCAAUUUCUUAUUUUUUGGACCAGUUGGAUUCAAUUUUUUAUUUAACAUGAUUUUUCUAUAUCGCUACUGUCGAAUGCUAGAAGAAGGCUCUUUCCGAGGUCGGACAGCAGACUUUGUAUUUAUGUUCCUUUUUGGUGGAUUCUUAAUGACUCUUUUUGGCUUGUUUGUGAGCUUAGUUUUCUUGGGCCAGGCCUUUACAAUAAUGCUGGUCUACGUGUGGAGCCGAAGGAAUCCAUAUGUCCGCAUGAACUUCUUUGGCCUUCUCAACUUCCAGGCCCCCUUUCUACCGUGGGUGCUCAUGGGGUUUUCCUUGUUGUUGGGGAACUCAAUCAUUGUGGACCUCUUGGGUAUUGCAGUUGGACACAUAUAUUUUUUCUUGGAAGAUGUAUUUCCCAAUCAGCCUGGAGGAAUAAGAAUUCUGAAAACACCAUCUAUUUUGAAGGCUAUUUUUGAUACACCAGAUGAGGAUCCAAAUUACAAUCCACUACCCGAAGAGCGGCCAGGAGGCUUCGCCUGGGGUGAGGGCCAGCGCCUCGGAGGUUAAAGCAGCAGUGCCAAUAACAAGACCCAGCUGGGAAGGACUCAGUGAAAUACCCCUUGGGAUUCUUUUAUCCUUUAUUGCAAAAGUGUGAACACUUUUGACAGCUUGGCAGACUUUUAACUCCAGAAGCACUUUAUGAAAUGGUACACUGACUAAUCCAGAAGACAUUUCCAGCAGUUUGCCAGUGGUUCCUCACUACAGUGGUACAGAAAGUGUAAUCUCUUGGAGCCAAAAAACUGGAGAAACAAAUAGCCUGCCACCUCUAACAAGUACAUGAGUACUUGAAUUCUGUGGUAUAAGUUAGGGCUUUUUCUUCCUCCUCCUCUUUAAUAGAUGAGGCCACGGUGUAAAUGGAAGUUUCAGAGAGGACAAAAUAAAACUGAAUUCCAUCUCUCUCUCACUGUAUUAAGGCUUUUGUGUGUGAUCUUUUAAAUUAUGAUAAUGUAUUCUAGCUCUCCUGCAUAGGUCUGAGCUCAGAGCAGAUUACAUGCCUGUUCUUCCUGUGUCUUCACAGCUUUUGACUGGAUUUCAUUUCAAGAUUGGAGAUAAUGUAGCUGUUAUGCUGUGGCUGUAUAAGUCUCACUUAUUCAGAAUGCUAACUUCAGUAGAAAGAAGAUUUAUUUCUGUUGUCUAGGUAGUCUGUUCUCCAUCUGGGUUUUGUAAAACUUCCGGUUGUCAGACGAUAUGGAAAAAAGGGGGGAGUGGACUGCUUAUAGCAUCAGGAAUUCAGCUAUGGAAAAGUCAGCUGUAAGCAGAAAGCUAACAUGGCAUCUUAUUUACUCUUCUUGCAUUUCUCCAUUAAGAAAUAUCUAGAGGAAAACUGGUAAUGGCCACAUUUUGGAAAACUACAGGAAGAUUUUUAUUAGACCUGGAAAAGAAUUGGAAUGUUGACUUUGGAGCCAGAUGAACAGGUACCGGUUAGGCAGGCAUGAAACUGAUCCUCCUGGGUCUUUGACUAGUUAACAUUUGCCAUUUGCUUCAUGAACCUUUUUGGAGCCAAGUACCUGGUUUACCAGUCAGGUAAACCAAUCAGGUAGAAAUUAGACAGGGUCUACAGAAGUAAGCAUUUAUUGCCUGUGAUUUAAUAAAUGCUUGUCCAAAAUAAUGUCUUCCCUGGGUCUCAGCACCUUUGCAUUCACACUGCUGAAGUGAUUCAGAGAACCCAGAAGAGUAAAAAGGCCAUCCCCAGGAAAGAAAGGAUUUCAAAUAGUUUUCAUCAACAGUGUAUAGGCACAGGACCCUUUCCCAAAACUGGAUUGUCAAUAAGUAGUUCUACUUGGUUAAGGGAUAGCUUUCCAGAGUGUGAGAUUUUCUUCAAAAAGAUCA